AUAUAGAAGUAUAUAGUAGAUAUAUAUAGUAAGAAUAAAGUUCAGAACAGCUACUCUACUUUGCGGAACUAAGACACUUUGGUUCCAAACUGUAUAAAAUAUAUUGGAUUAUGAGAAAGUGAGUGACACACAUAAAUUAUGGUAAAAUACUUACUGGUGGAAGUACCUCCCAAAUCUUGUAAAAGAAUGUGAUUAAGCCUUGAUCUCCAAAAUUUAGAUGUAUUUACACUAAAACUGCAUUGCACAAGGAAAAUAUAUUUUAUUUCAUACAAUCCAUGAAUUUUAGAGAUUUAUGAGGAAAAUGAUGCAUUGCAGUCGUCAUACUUAAUGCUAAUUGACCAUACUUGAUGAACCUGAUAAAUUAACAUCUGGUUUCUGCAGAAAAUAAAGAUUGAUAGCUACAUGAGAAAAGACUGGUGAAAUGAAAUAAUAAUGCAUUUUCAAAGUUUAUUUUGCGGACAGAUCCUAAGUUAGGUGGUUUCUUGCAUUCAUGGUUUCUGAACAAUAAACAAAUAAAUAAUGGAAAAAGAAGGGUAGGUGCUGCGUUGUUGUUUUGGACUAUUGAAGUGAGCUUAUUCUAAACCCUUCCUCUUCUCCGGAUCCGCCGUGCUCCACCCUCCUCUUCUCCAUUCUGCUGCACUCCACCCUCCGCUGCUCCAAAAUCCCUCUCCCUCAUAUUCUGCCACUUCUCCGCAUUGUAAACAUAAAACUGCCUCCAUCUUCUGCGCGUCACAUUCUUGCUCCUUCUCCUUCAUACUCUGCUCGUUCGAAGACCACCGAAGGGUCGAAUUUGAUUGGAUCCAUUCAAGUGUUGCCACAGCACCACCACCACCGUCACUACCUCUGUUUCUUGCUUAAUCUAAAUCUUCCAAUCUCAAAUCUCAAACCCCAAUAAUUUCAUCAAAGUCUCAAUCUUUUCCCUUCUCCACAACAACCACACUUCUCCAUUUCUUCUUUACGAGCUACGAUGUCAAUGUUUCUGCAUCAAAGAAGCUUGCACAAUGCCUUUUCGAACCCAUUUGCCGCUCCACCACCUUCCUCGGCCAAUUCCAAGAGACCCAUCUCCAUCCUCACCCCAACGACACUCUUGGUCCUCCUUUGCCUCGUCAUGGUGGUGGGUGUCUUCAGCCCCUGGGUCAAUAUCCCCCAUGGAAUCUUCUCAGUUUCGAAGCCUGCUGUUUCAAAGUGGAACUCAUACACAUUGGACCAAGCUCUCUCCUUUGUGGGCAAAAAUGGAACUGUCAUAAUUUGCAUUGUGAGUCAGCCUUACUUGCCGUUUCUCAACAACUGGUUGAUCAGUAUCACAAGGCAGAACCGCCAGGAUAUGGUUCUUGUCAUUGCUGAGGACUAUGCUUCACUCUAUAAGGUUAAUGAGCGUUGGCCUGGUCAUGCUGUUCUUAUUCCACCUGUGCUUGAUGCUGAAUCUGCUCAUAAGUUUGGAUCUAAGGGAUUUUUCAACUUCACGGCCAGAAGGCCUAGCCAUCUUCUGAAGAUUUUGGAGCUCGGAUAUAGUGUAAUGUACAAUGAUGUUGAUAUGGUCUGGUUGGGGGAUCCAUUGCUUCAGUUAGAAGGGAAUCAUGAUGUGUACUUUACAGAUGAUAUGAUUCCGAUCAAACCAUUAAACCAUUCUCAUGCUUUACCGCCACCAGGAAAAAAGGGCCGCCCUUACAUAUGCAGUUGCAUGAUUUUCCUUCGCCCUACAGACGGAGCAAAGCUAGUCUUGAGAAGGUGGAUUGAGGAACUUCAGAAUCAACCAUGGUCUAGAACCCAGAAAUCAAAUGAUCAACCUGCUUUUAACUGGGCUUUGAUGAAGACAGCUAAAGAGGUGGAUUUAUACUUGUUGCCGCAGGCAGCUUUUCCUACAGGUGGGUUAUAUUUCAAGAACAAGACAUGGGUUAAGGAAACUAAAGGAAAGCAUGUGAUCAUUCACAAUAACUAUAUAGUAGGUUUUGAGAAGAAGAUAAAGCGAUUUCGCGACUAUGGCCUCUGGUUGGUGGAUGAUCAUGCUGACGAAUCCCCGCUUGGUAGAAUAUGACCCUUGGAUGUCUCGAGUUUAUCGUCGGAUUUUGUUAGAGCAUUUAUUUUCGAAAAUUAGAACAUGGUUUCUGCCAAUUCAUUCAUCCGCCUAUCUGGUAGAGGCUUGAUGAAGACAUCCGAACUCUUGCUAUCAACAUGUGCUGCACCCAUACCAGCCGCCAAACGAUUCCUUGGCAGAUAGUUUGUGUUUCAUUUUUGUGCGGAAAAAGGUGCUUCAAAGAUGCUGGAUUGUAUUACAAGUCCAUAGAAGAGAAGGAUAGAAUUUAUUUGGUUCUUGUAGUUGGACUACAAAUGCUACUUAAAAUAAUAUUUAUAAGAGAAAUUAUAGGGAAUGGAUUUUUAAUUAACCAA